AUGAUCGCCACGGCGGCGCGGCGGCGGAGGCUGCGCGGCAGCCGCAACGCGACGCUGCCGUCCGACCCGACCUGCCACGCACGCGAUCACGCGGGCUACGCCGGCGACAGGGCCGUCGUCUGGGGCGCAAACCUGCGGCUCUCCAGCGCGGCCGAGUGCUGCAGGGCGUGCCAGGCGCACGCGGCGGCCUGCGGGAGGGGCAACGCGGGUGCCGAGUGGUGGGGUCGCGCGUGCGGCCGUGCUCCCGGCUGCAACCUGUGGUCCUUUUGCCCCGAGGAGCAGUGCUUUGCAUUUGACAUCCACGUGCACCGCCGGGGCGAGUGCUGGCUAAAGCAGCAGGCCGAGGCGCCCACCCGUCCAAAGGAUCCGUUCGAGGGUCACGCAGCCUUCCCGCCAGAGAUGCGCGCCGCGCCGCGUCGGAGCUGGCCGUUUGCCGUGUCGUUGGCGGUGUGGCCCGGCCCGAUGCCGGAGCGGGUGCCGUGGAUCUCCGGCGUGCUCGCGCCGGCUGGCGAGGUCGUGGUCUCAGGCCGACCGAACGACAGGUGGCGCGAGCGCUGGUGCACGCGGCACGGGCCGUGCACCGAGGUUGCCGACGCGGCUGACCCGUCGCUUGACGGCAGGAUCGGAGUCGACGCCGACAACCUGGCGCCGUGA